AUGGAUAAAUUCGUCAUUCGAACACCGAAGACGAAGCGUAAAUCACCGGAAUCAUCUGCCACGUCAUCUCCACCGAAAAAGACAAAAAAUCCGAAAAAUGAGGAGAAAAAAGUAGAGAAAUCAAAGGAAAAACAACAGAAGAAAGUGGAGAAAUCAGUGAAAAAUAAGGAAAAAGUAGUGGAAAAAGUGGAAAGUGCAGAGGAAAUCGAGGAUAAAAAGAUGAAAAAUUUGUUGAGAACAUCUGGAGAGACGAAGAAAGAGACGGCACUCGGAGAACUGCUGCCAACUAUUAAAUAUUCGAAAAAUAAGGUUAUUAGUGACGAAGAUUUGGAGAAACUCUUCAUUGCACUGUGUGGGGAUACAGGUAAAAGAUACGAUUCAGAUGACAGUAUCAUUUCGGAUAUUGACAGAAUGGACGCAGAGGAAAUUGCAGCAAAAGAUCAAAAAUUCCGUGAUAAUCUGAAAUAUCUGGACGAGAUGCCACAAACACAGAAAGCGCUGGAAAUGAUGUUAAGAAUGGGGAAUGAGACGAAAGAGGAGAAGGAAGAGAGACAAAAAAUGAUGAGAGAAAUGAGAGAUGAGCUGAAAACGAAAGAAGAAAUAGAUAGAGAGGAGAAGAAGAGAAUUAGACAAAAAGAGAGAAUGGAGAAAAUGCUGAAAACAGUUGUGAAGGUGUUCGAUGUGGAUGCACAGAAGUUGAGAUCCUUAGUUGAGGCCGACAAGAAAAAUGAGAGGACCCGACUCACGAGUGCACCUCGUCUGAUCUCAUGCAAUCAAUUGUCUCGUUUUCUGGAAGUCAUGGCGGAUCUAAUUCCAAACGAGAAGGGAUCUGAAGGAGAAGUUGAUUACAGACGACAGAUCAAGUGCAUCGAUUCUGUUGAAUUCGAUAAGAGAAUAGAAUCGUGUGGGAUACGUGGUGACUUCUACAAAGAAGACAAAACGACUGCCGAGUAUUUGAAGAAAAAAGUGAGAAAAAUAUUGUUGGAACCGGCGAUUCUCGACGUGUUUGAUGAUAAUGUGUUUGGAUUCGACUUCUCGACUAAAGACUGCAUCAACGCCCUGGAAAACUACUUCUCGCUGAAUGCUCCCGACAAGGACAACGGUCUGACUUCGAAAGCUCUCCACAUCAAAAUCCAUCAAUUCAUCCGCUCAUGUCACCACGUCGCCCGUUCCCAGAAUCCGAAAUUCCAGCUCAAUGAGAGACUCAAAAUGGCACUUUUCGAUUGA